AUGGAUGUUCUGCAGCUGAAAGCACGGGAAGCACGAAAAACCAUUGUGAUCGUCAAGAGCGGGCACAGACAACCCACGACGUCAGCGAUGGACGAUAUCGCUUUUCGAGAUGGAGCAACCGUUCCACGAUAUGACCCGUCCUAUCGGCGAAACCAACUUCCUUGUCAUGAGAACCCUGAGAUCUAUUUCCUCACCCUCAAUCGAUCAGACCCCUUGCUCUUCGACACAACCGGCGUCUCCGGGUUGCAAAGAAACUACAUAAUGCGCUUUCGUCCUGGCAUUCUUGCGACGGGUGGACCAGAGCUUCGUAGUCCCUCUGCCGCCGCAUCCUGCAACCAGGGAGACCGGGACAUCAUGCGCAAGAAUCUCAAUUUCCUUGCCCUGUGUCUCCCAUUUCCCGCUUGGGCAUGGAGAACCGGGCCGGGGAUCUGA